AUGAAAUAAUUGAUUACUUAUGGAAGUUGUAUAUCAUUAAAUCUAGGUCAGCAUCAAGAAUGUUAUUUGUAAUCUGAUGGAUUUUUAAAGUCUAUAUUAACAAUAGAAAAUUUUACAAUUUUAAUAGGAAAUAAAUUUAAAGAUUUUAAUAAUACUAUAUUUAAAUUAGUUCCGCCAGUAGAAUUUAUUGUUUAAUAAACUUUAUUAGAAUAAAUAAAUACAAAAUCAUUUAGGUCAUUAGGUACAUUAUAUAUUUUUUUUCCAAACAUUAAAUUUUAUUUUUUUCUAGAAUUAAAAUAAAGAAGAUAAUAUAUAAAUGAAAUGCAAUAGAAUUUAUAACUAGAAUUAGGAACAAAUAUAAGUACGUUUAAUAAAUUAAAAGGGACUUCAAUUCUAUAUUAAAGCUCUUCUUUUCAUUUAGUACAUGUAGUUUCGAUGAAAUUUUUAACUUUAACAUUAGAUGAAUAUGAUAACUAUAUGUAUAAAAAAAAAUUAAUAUUUUUUUAUUUAAAUAAUGAAAAAAAAAAAAAAAAAAGAUUUAAAAUGAAUGAUUUUCCAAAUAAAUUUAGUUUAUUUAAAUUUUUACCUUGCGCUAAUUUAGAAAAAUCUAAAACUAAUUUAGUUAUGAAUAAAGAUCAUGUCUAUAUUUAUUGUACUUCCCUAAUACAUAAUCGAAAGGCUUUUUUAUAUACAAAAUAUUAAGGACAGGAUUUAAAUUAUAAUUAGAAAGAAAUGGAAUAUAAAAACUAAUAAAUAAAAGUUCAGGCUAGUAUAGAAAAUUCAACAAUUUUAAUGUAAAUUUUUAUAAAAUAUAAAUUUUUUUAUAAGAACUAUUUGUAAAAUGGUCAUAUAAAUGCAAAUCAUAGUAAAUUAGGGUAAUUUAAUAUUUUAAAUAGUAGUAAUAACAAUACUAAUAAUAUUAUUAAUUAAAAUACAUAUAUGAGUUAAUUCAAUAUCUUAAAUAAUCUUCGAAUUAAUAAUAGCAAUUAUAUUAAUUUAAGGAAAAAAUCAUUUAGUAUAUUAGGCACAGUAGAAAAUGAUAUGGAGAAUUUAAAUGAAACACAAAAUUUUAAUUUAAGGUUUAAAAAAACAUCCUAAGCAAUUAAUGAUAAUGAAAAUGAUAAUAAUUUAGAUUAUAGUGAGAUCUAUAAAUAAUAUAAAUAUGUUUUAGAACAUGCAUAAAUUGAAUAAAUGGAGAAACUUUUAUAUGAAGAAAAUUAUAUUUAAUAUUAGGAAACUAAUUAAUAAAUUAAUAAUUAAAUGGAAUAAGAGCAUUCUAUUUUUAAUGGAUUAUGGAAAAUAGAGCCUAUUAAUAUAUAUGAAGGUGGAUUAUUAACUUGGGAAAACACUUACAGGUUAAAACAUUUUGUUACAGGAAAAUAUCUUUCUGUAAAAUAAAUUAAGUAUGAUUUUUAAUUAGAAUUCGCAUAUGAGGAUUUAAGUAAUACUUGUUUUAAAUUUUUUGAUAUUGCAUAAAGAAAAAAGACUAAAUAUAUCUAAAAAGACUCUUUUUGUAGAAUUUAUAAUGUUGACAAUAAUCUAUGGAUUGGAUGGAAUGAUAAUAUUUUGGAAAAUUAAAAUUAAUAAUAAUAAUUGUUUUUAAAGAAACCUAUUUUAGAAAAAAAUGGUAUUUAUUUUAUAACUUUUACUAAGAUUAAUACAUUUAAAAUUAAAAAAGCUAAUUUUGAAGAUAUUUGGGAAAAUAACUUUUUGCUAUUUUCGAUUCCUGUAUUUCUAUAAACUUUGAAAUUAUUUAAUUAAUUUGUAAAAAUAUAUAUAAAAAAUAAAAUUAAUCUAUUGGAAUUAAAAAUAAGCUUAUAAUGUGUUAUGAGCCGUAUUUUUGAUAUAGUAAAAAAUCUUGAUUAAUAUGUAAAUAAUAAACUCGUUUCUUAUAUAGAUUUGUUAUAAGAUUAUGAAUAACCAAGCUAAAUAAGAUAAAAUAUUAUUAGAGAAUAAAAUAUUUUAGGAAUUUUAUGUUGGGUUUUAGGAAAAGUAUUUCCGAGUAAAGAAGAGUUUAAAUUAUUCGCAUAAGAAACACAUUAAUAAGAACAAAUAUUAUAAAAAUAUAAACAAAAAAAAGAUAAUAAUUUUGUUAUUGAACUUUAAGAAAAUAAAUUUUUAUAAGACUUUUUUGAAAAAAGAUUUUAUUUAUCUAAUUAAAUAUACAUUCUAUUGUAGUCUAUUUGCAAAAAUAAUGUUUAAAAUUAAGAAUAUAUAUUUAAGUUUAUUAAAAUUAUGAUUCCGCACAUUGGUUAUGGAAAAUUUGUUUGUUAGUGUUUAAGUAAUAUUUUUGGAAAAAAUGAAGCUGCUUUAUCUGAUUUUGAUAAAUAAGAAAUCGAAUCAAAGAAUGUUAAUAAUUUUGAAUAAAGAAAUACUAUUUUAAAUUAUAUUAUUAAUAAGCUAUAAGAUUUUAUGGUUUAUACUAAAAUUGAUAUUAUAAACUUUCUAAGUAAUUGUUGUAUUGUGAAUAAUAAUGCAAUAUAUAUGAAUUAGGAAACUAUAUACAAUAAACUUAUAGAAGAAUAAUAAUAAUAUAAAAAUUUUGAAAAUUAAAAAGAUUAUUUUAUGAAAACUGUAAAAUCUAAAUAAAACGAAAAUUAAAUUUUAAUAGAAAUUUUGGAUUUUUAAAUAGAUAAAAAAGCAAAUUAAUAAAUAAUAAAAUAAUAAAUAGAUUUGUUUUAAUUUAUAAAAGAAGCUAAAAAUAUGGAAGAUUGUAUGAAAAUUCAAAGCGAAUUUUUUAUUUCUUAAGUAAAUUUGAUAUCUAAUUUAUGCAAAAAUCGAAACUAAAAAAUAUGUAUUUAUUUUUCCAAUAUAUAUAGUCUUGAAUAACUAGCUUUUUUCAUAACUUAAAAAAAAAUUGAAAAUACCCAACUUUUAGCUGGUUUUUUGAAAUUAAUAAUUAACAUUUAUAUAGAUAAAUACCCCAGAAUGAAAAAAAUAAAACCGAAAUUAGUCAGAAAAUGUUUAAAUAAUAAUUAAGGAAACACAAAUUAAAAUAAUUAAUAAGGAGGAGGAUUUUCAAACUAUUAAAUAUAGAAAAAAAUGACAGAAGUUGAAUACUAAUAGAAAUAAAAAUAUAAAAAUAAUUAAAGCUUUGAAGAUUAAUAAAAUCAACAUUUAAGCCAUUCAAUUCAUUCUUUAUAAAAUGUAGAACAAAACGAGAAGAAAAUUUUAUCUGAGUUAAAAACCUAUUUAUUGAAUUAUUUAGAAGAAUAAACAUAGAAAGUUAUAAAAGAAAAUUAUAAAAGAAGUGGAUAGGUAGAUAGGAGAAUUUUUAAUCAUUUUGUACUUGAAUGUGUGUAAUUUUUCACUAUUUUAAUAAAAUUCGAUCUUUUUAGUGAAAAAUAGUAAAAUGUGGGUGAUAAUUAGAAAAAAAAGGCUUCUUAAAAAUUUAUAUAGUAUUUUUUAAAGUAAGCUGGAUAGAUUUAAAAAAAGAAAGAAAUACCGGAAUUAGAUAGGGUUUUGAAGUGCUUGGCUUUUAUUCUAGAAUACGAUAAGUAGUACUUUUAAGAAACUAAAGACUUAAACUUAUUUAGGAGACAUUAACUUUUUUAAAAACCGAAAAAUGUGAAUGAAUAAGUACUUUAGUUAUCUUCUUAGUUAACUCAGAAAAUUUUUAUGAAAAAUAAUAAAUAGAGUUUAAAUAAUAAUGAAAAUAAUAUUAUAUAGAAUAACGUCGAUAUUUAAUCUAAUAUUACUACAGAGCCGAUUUUUAAGAAGGUUUUGGGCUUAAGGAAGUUUUUAUAGAAAUAUAGCAAUAAAACUUAUGAUAAAAAGGAGGAAAAUUAAGAUUUCGAAUGUGAAAAUUUAAUUAAAAUUUAAAUUUGUGAAUUGUUUAUUUAUAUUUUAGAUGUUAGAUAGGAUUUUUUUAUUGAUAAUAUUAUUAAGUAUUUCUAACAUAAAUUUUGUACUUAUAAAAAAGAAGAAACUGAAAAAUUAGAAUAGGAUUUAGUUGAUUUAUUUCCUUAAAAUGUUACUGAAAUCGGAAAAGAAGUUAAGUAGGAGAAAAUAAAAAUUUAUACAGAUUAGUUAUAGAUUAAAUGUUUUGAUGAAAUUUUAGGUUACCCUUUUUUAGAUAGUCUAUUGAUGUCUUUUUAUUUUGCAGAAAAUUCUGAAUUGUAAAAAGUUUUGAGUGAAUUAAUUAAAAAAUAUUGCCAAUAGAAAAAAGAAUUGGUUAAAAAUUUAGUAAAUCUAGAAGUUUUAUUUUCUAAAUAAGAUAAAGAAUUAAAUAAUAUUAUAAAGUCAUAAGUAUUUAAUUUGUAAAAUCUGCUUUCUUCAAGUUAAACAUGGCUUAUUAUUGAUUUUAAAAAUGAAAAUGAAUAAUUUUAUUAACAUGAAAAUAUAGAUAACACAAUUAGUAUAUUAAUUAAUUUCGAUAAAAUUUUCAAAAAAAAUAAAGAAGAUAAGUAUUUUUUAUUUAAAAAAUCAAUAUAUAUAUAUAUAUAUAGGGAAAGUUUGAAAGUUAGAUAGAGUAUUUUUAUACACUCAGGAGGCUUUCUAUGUCUUUUUGAAUUAAUAGAAAAAAGUUUUAAUAUAUUGGAUAAUAAAUAAAAGAUAUAACAAUAUUAACAUAAUAGUGAGUACGAUUCUUAAGAUAUGUUUGAUAAAUAAGAAUUAUUAGAUAAAAUUAUUUAAACAUUAAAAACUUGUUUUUCGAUUUUGGCUUCUUUAUGUUUAUAUAAUGAAUAGAAUUAAGAAUUACUUUUUAAAAGAUUUUUUAGAGUUCUUUUAAACGAAAAAACAUAUAAUAUAGGGUAAAUAGAGUUUAUGGUAGAAUUGGUUAGAGACAAUAUAAAUAUAGGUAUGUUAAUUAGGAAUGUGGAUUUAAAUUAUUUUUUGUAUAUGAUAAAAACUUAUGGAAAAUAAUAUUAAUUUUUGGAAAUUUUUGAAGUUCUUUUAACUACUGCUGAAUAAAAACCGGAUUAAUAAACUAUUCAAAAAAAAUAAUCGAAGUUAUAUUUGAUGAUAAAAAUAUUUCUGAUAUAAAUGUAUAUAUAACAAAAAAAAAUAUAAAAAAUUAAAAAUAUAUAUUAUUAUUAAUAUAAAGCCUUUUUCAAAGAAUUCUAAUUUUAUAUAAUAUUACGAAAACAAUGA